UAGACUCCUUGCUUGUACAACUUUAUGAAAUCACGUAAUGAGCAAAUAUCUUGCUGGUGAUGUGUGUCCGCAACAAGUAUAAUAAAUAUCGGUUACAUUAUUGAAUAAAUACAUAGGGGACGUGUUGCUCCUCCUUUGUACAAAAAACUGGAAACACCGGAAGUGCAGAAUCGCCAUCUUUAAACUCCUAGAGGAAUGGGAAAUUCAAAAGCAACAUAAGAGUUCCGUCGAAUAAUCCAUGAGCUGGAUAUAAGAAUUAUCAGUACCAUUGUGAUCGUGAAAAGCAUAAUGACGCCGCUUUACUCACAGCCUCUAUUUCUGAGUCACAGAAUUAAUUUGUUCAGAAUAAGAACUAGAUACUGUUCUGCUAAAGUGCCUGAUAUUAAUCCUCCGAAAGAGGAUUUAGGUGCAAGUGUAAUGCAGCGAUGGGGAGAAAUUGGGAAAACAAUGGCUAGAAAUUCUAUGCAGAGAAUUUCCAUCACUGCUAAAAAUUGGUGGGAUCGAUAUGAAGAGUUUGUGGGCAUUGUAGAAGUGCGCGAGGCCCAAGGGAAAGUAGCAGAGGCGGAGAAGGAUUUCAUGGUUGCCCGUGGUAUAGUGAGAGAGGCUCGUGAUAGCUUAGAAGCCCAGCAGCUGAAACUGAAGGAAGUUCGAGAUCGUCUGGACAGAGUGUCCAGAGAGGAUGUCCAGUAUUUGGAGCUGGCAACUAUGGAGCAUAAAUUGCUGCAGGAAGAAAAAAGGUUGAGAGCAUCCUAUGUCUUCUCAGAAGAAAGUGAAAGAGAGAAGUUUUCCCUCUUUUCUGCUUCUGUGAGGGAGAGUCAUGAGAAGGAGAGAACAAGAGCAGAACGGACAAAGAACUGGUCCGUUAUCGGGUCUGUGUUGGGAGCAGUCAUUGGUGUAAUGGGAUCAACAUACAUUAACCGAGUCAGGCUACAGGAACUAAAGUCUUUGCUGCUAGAAGCGCAGAAGGGGCCAAUCAGCUUGCAGGCGGCUAUUCAUGAGCAUGCGUCUGUGCAUCAGUCCCAGCAAAAGGACCUCCGUGAUCUCAUUGCAGCCUUUACCAAUAUGCUGCCAAGUUCAUCGGACCAAGACACAGAGAAGGGGUUCGUUGCUCUGCCAGUAAAUACUCGACCUGCAGAGGGUGUGGAUCCAGUUCUGGUCGCAGUAAAGGAAAACUUGGCACAAACAAAGAAAACUGAAAAAUUCUUGGAGAGUUUGGAAAAGCAGUAUGGCAACCUGGACAAGACUGUCUGCAAAAUAGCGACUGAUGUACAGAACGUAAAAGCCAGGGUUUUCCCUCAGCUGUCUGAAAGAACCAUUAACUCCUUCACUCAAGUUGAAGAAGGUCAUACCGGGCAGUUGCAGAGUGUUGUACAGGAACUGACUGAAGUCGAGCAAAGGCUCGGAAUUCACAUCAACAGGAAUUCCAUUUACAGCACUGCUUUAACAUGCACAGUAUUUGCUGUAACUCUUCCCAUAUUAUACAUUUUAUUGAAAGGAAAUUAGAUGACAUAAUAAAAUCUAUUAAAAUUUUAUAACUAGAUAUUGUUAUUUUUAAAAAUUUAUAUUGUUUUAUUAAAAUAAUUUUCAUUAAAGGACCGUUUAAAUAAAGUAGAAUUUCAUAAACAAAUGUAUGUACUAAAUACAACAUAACACUUUGAAAUUCAAAUAAGCAGAAGUUGUUCUAACAAAAUGUAAAGUUUACUUUUUUAUUUCCCUGCCUCUGCAUCAUGUGACACCUAUCAGCCAAUCACAGAUUCAUUUAUGUAUAUUAUGUGAACUCUCACAUGCUCAGUAGGAGCUGGGGACUGAGAAAGUGUGUGUAUAAAAUGACUGCACAAUAUUAUAAUGGAAGUAAAUUGUAAAGAUUUUUAAAAUUACAUGUUCUACCUGAAUCAUGAA